UAGAAGCUCAAGUGUUUAGUUUAUUUAACUUAUAUUUAUUUUCGUAAAACCAGAAUGGAGCCAGAAAUCAAGAAAGAAGCUGAGACUGAAGAACCUAAAGAGGAAGCUAAAAAUGAAGAUUUUGCCGUUAAAAAUGAUGAAACUGAAGUUGUUAAUCAGGGUGAAAAUGAGGAAAUUGGCAAUCGAGAUAAUAAUACUCCGUGGGUGAAGACUCGCGAAGAACAUGACAAUAAUGAAUGUGGGGUGGAGAAGAUUAAUUCGUACGAUAGGAAUGAUUGUAAGGAUUAUGAUCGAGAAGAUUGUUGGGAAAAUGACAAAAAAGUUUAUGCAUGGAAAAACAAAAAUUAUAGUAGUCCGCCAAAAUUGAUGGUUACCUAUCGUGAACCUGAAGAAUGUCUUGACGAGAACGGCCACCGUUAUGUUGGAUUGGUUAAUCAAGCGAGCACAUGUUAUUUGAAUUCACUUAUACAAACGUUGUAUAUGACACCCGAGUUCCGCAACGCUAUUUAUAAAUGGCAAUUCAAUGGCUCAAAUGCUCAAGAACACAAAAACAUUCAGUUUCAACUCCAAAAGCUUUUUCUAACUUUGCAAACAAAUCAAAAAUCAUCGCUUGAAACAAAGGAAUUAACUACAAGCUUUGGUUGGGAUUCGAAUGAGGCCUAUGAUCAGCAUGACGUUCAAGAAUUAUGUCGAGUUAUGUUUGAUGCUCUAGAACGUUUAUGGCGUAAAAGUGACAAUUCGAAGACUAUACAGGAUUUAUAUGAAGGAACAGUGGAAGACUACGUUAAAUGUUUAAACUGUGGAACCGAGAGUAUGAAGAAGGACAUCUUUCUGGAUCUUCCUUUAUCUGUUAAGGAAUUUGGGGCUAUAACUCCUUACAAGAGUGUUGAAGAAGCUUUGGAUGCAUUUAUUAAACCAGAAAUUCUCAAUGAAAAUAAUCAGUAUGAUUGCUCAAAAUGCUGUAGCAAACAAGACGCUGAGAAGGGUCUUCGCAUCACAGAAUUUCCUUAUUUGUUAACCAUUCAAUUGAAACGUUUUGACUUUGAUUAUGAGACUUUGCAUCGUAUAAAAUUAAAUGAUCGUAUUACUUUUCCUGAUUUUCUGGAUAUUAAUGGACAUAUAUAUCGACCGCCAGUUCCACCGUCUCCAUCACCGCCAAAAAUUAGUUAUGCGGCGGCAGCAGCAAAGCCCAAGCCCGAACCAACAGACUCUGGUGAGAUAACUCCAGAAGAUCCAUUUUCGUCGGCCGAUGGUAAUGGGGUAGGCGAGUUAGAAUGUACUGGUGCUCCUCAACUCGAUGUGUCUAACGAAGAGAAAUGUUGGUUAAAUGUCCAUGCUAAAUCAGAUCAAGUUUUACAGCUUUUGGAGACUAAAGGCAAAUAUAUUUAUGAGCUUUUCUCAAUUAUGGUACAUCAAGGAAGUGCUGCAGCUGGUCAUUAUUUUGCUUAUAUUAAGAACAUGGAUCAAGAUAAAUGGUUUUGUUUUAAUGAUUCUUCAGUUCAAGCUGCCUCAAAACAUGACAUUUAUCGAACUUUUGGUGGCUGGUCUUAUGGUUAUAUGAAUAAUACUAACGCUUAUAUGCUAAUGUACCGUCGCGUAGAUCCACAGCGCAAUCAAAGCUUUGUUCGUUCUAUUGAUUUACCUUUACAUCUGAAAGAAUUACAAACUAAACUUUUAAAUGAAGAACGGGAACGUAUUCGUUAUUUGGAAGAAUCUGUUAGGGUAGUUUUUCGUUGUACAGAGGAGCGCUGUAAACAAUACUCUCCUAUACAAGUUGUAUUAAAUAAAGACACGACAUUGGAUUCUGUUUUUGAUAUUUUACUUUCAAACUGGAAUCAAUUCUGCGAUACACAUAAUGUUAAAGGAGGUGAAGAAAAGCCAGAAUUAGAACAUCAACAUACUGGUUGUGCUCGUUUAGUUCUGUAUGUUUUCUUUUUAUAUACAGUUUCUCUCCUAUAA